UCCCAUUUAGUAUCAAGCAGCAAGCACGCAAAAUGCGAUUUUAAUUUCUUAAAAUGCAUCUGAUUCACGUUUGUCUGCUAGUGUAUGUGACCGUUGGGAUUCGGUUUAGUGAGGGAUAUUUUCAAAAUAGUUUCGAUCUGUUUCCGGAAUUGCCGUUGGGCGUUCCAAACAGCGGGAAUCCGGUGUGCAGAGAGCAAAGUGAACUUUUCGUGGAUAACUUGAAGAAUCUUACCCUAUGGGCUCAUGAAAAAGUCAUUCUACGCAGAUAUGGAGACAAAACAAAGCAGCCCAGAGAUACCGUCCACUUUGGAUGGUGUAUUCCGGCUGCUUGCACCAUUCCCGAUUUGGAGCUCUCUUUGAACGAACAUUUGCAAAAUGUGGACACUCCUUUGAGGAACAAGAAUAUCUCCUAUUCGGCCAGUGUGAGAAAGGAGUUUUGCGCCCGGGAAUCAGACGCGGGAAAUUACACAAUCGCGGACUAUUCCUUCGCGUUGCUUACCCUGAUAUUUGUGCUGCUGGUUUUUCUAUCCACUGCAUAUGAUUAUCAAGCAAACAACAAGCAAUCAGAGGAGAAGGCAAAGAAAAAAACCAGAAACCAAAAAUUCCUUCUGGCAUUUUCUGCCAGAGCCAAUUUUACAGAGAUGUCCCAUAUGGAGACAUCGAACCCCGAUUUGGGCGUUUUGAAUGGGUUGAGGACAAUCGCCAUUUUUGUCAUCAUCAUCGACCAUCGGUUUGGAACGUUCACGUCUUCGGCUUUGAUCAACUUCAAUUAUGUAGAACAGCAAUUCAGAGCGCCCUUUGCUUGUGUGGUAUUCCAUGGCGAUCUCUUCGUAGAUUCGUUUUUCCUGCUGAGCGGGCUUUUGGUAGCUUACGGGCUGCUCGUUCAGUUCGACAAACGGAUGGUAAAUCCAGGAUUCAUUGUGUUCUUGAGAUACAUUCGAAAUCGCGAUUAUCUCAUAAAUUUAUGUAACUCCAUCCAAUUGAACCACCUAGAAUUAAUAGAUUUGAACGCGGCCCACUUAAUUUCAACAAUGUUUGAGCCCCAAAUUUCUCGCUUUCAGUGUAUGACCCAUGCCUGGUAUCUACCUUGCGACUUCCACUACUUCAUCAUUGCUGUGGGCAUCUGCAUUCUGAUCAAAAAAGAGAAGAAAAUCGGCCUUAGCGCACUGCUGUCGGCAACAAUAGUUUCAAUGGCGAUUCCGUUCAUUUUAACUGUGGUUUAUCGACGCCCUUCCAUGCUCAUGUUCUACACGGACUUUCUAACUGCCCCAAAGUCGCAUGCCGAUUUCCUGCUAACCUACAGCAAAUCGCAUGCACGGGCCACGCCCUAUUUCAUAGGAAUGUUUGGAGGAUAUUUGUAUUAUAGGAUGAAGGGCAAGAACUACCACGUCUGCAGAAUAAAAUCGGCACUUAUUGUGUUUUUUUCGCUCGCCUCGAUUGCAGCCUCAGUAUUAACGGGGUCGGUAUUUUACGAUCCCUAUCAUCCCUAUAACCCGUAUGAAGCUGCAACGUAUGCAGGAUUUCACAGGGCGUUAUGGUCGAUUGGCAGCAUUGGGUUGAUCUAUGUGGCAAGUUAUGGACAUGCCAAGUUUAUCUGGAAGAUUCUCACUUGGAGCCCAUGGGUGCCAUUGAGUAAAUUGCAAUAUGGUAAGGACAGUUCUUGAACUGAGGCUUCAGACGUUCAACAUUCAGAAAUCGACACUUUUUUCCUGCUUUAUUAGAUGCAAAUAUUCUAUGAGUGAAGGUUUUGCAAAAUAACUAAUUUCAGAAACUGUAAGCGACUAGGAAAAAUUGCCUUUUUUGCCGGCAAAACUGGUCGUUGAGCAUAAAAAGCAAUUCCGCAAUCCAUAACAAUUAACAAACUUAAUACCUUCGACAACCUUGCUUUGCUUUUUCCGUUUACUUCUACAUCUGUUACACACUAAAUGCAUGUUAAAUUGAAACAAUCUCAAGCCUAAGAAGGUUUUCACGGCCGGACAAAGUGUCCGCUGAAAGGUUUCCCCGCUUGUAAGUCGCGAACCAGAACUGCUUCCUAACGUUUCGAUCACUUCCGCGAUGAACAUUAUCGAAAUAAUUAUGUUCACUGCAGAUUUGAACGGAAGGUCAGGAAUCUAGGCCUGGGCAACUCAGUGAAUUUUUAGGAGUUGGCGCAGUGCAAAUGGCUUGGUGCGCCAACCCUUCGCAUCAGCGCAGUAACUCACCUCCGUUGCUGGGAAAAUGUUGAUGACUUUUUCCUCGUUUUUAGAUUUAUUUUA